AAAGCAAUCUACCAGGUGACAUUCUUCACAGAACCAGGUCAUGGGGAGUUCGAGAUCACUCUUGAGCACCUGGUGAACGUGGACCAGAUAACCUUGAACCCCAAGGCCAUCAGUCGCAUCAACAAGUAUGGCACCGAUCCUGCGUGCAUACUAGACAAGAACCGUGAGAUCAGACAGUUUUGUUACUGUAACAAUCACAGCCUAUCCAAGAGUCGGUAA